AUGGCUUGUUUCUGCCGAAUUGGAGAUGCAACGUUGACCGCAGUGCUUCCACUCGAGCUCGACCUCAUUCUGCUAGGGUAUACCGCCUGUUCCUCCCUCGCCUUGCGCUGUUACGAACGUGUGUCGGACUCACCUCCUUCGUCGGCAUUCCCAGAACCUGGUCACCGGGACGAGAAGCCUCUUUUUGCUGCAUCUUCGAAAUAUUCUAUAGCAGCUUCCAUUCUAUCAUUGCAUUUCAUUCGCAAUGAACGGACAGGGGACGCGUUUGUCAUAGGUGGAUCAGAUGAUGGUGGUGUAGCUAUAUGGUCGUUACCGGAUCUGAAACUACUCAUGCGUUUCAUACACUUCGUGGAACCCCUCUCCCAUGUAGCUCAAAUCCGGCCGCAAAAUGAAAACGCGAAACCAUUCGGUGGCUAUGUAUUGUGCUUCUCCUAUGAUAGGGACGAUAGUCUCGUUUUCCGCAGCUUGUGUCUCAUUCCAGGCUCGGCUUCUCCACUUACGCAUGUUUAUUAUGCUGGCGGAGCUGAUUGCGAACAGAUCAUGACUAUCUACGGAGAUGGAUCUCCCAGAUUAUGGGACUUCAAAGCUCGCGAAUUUCGUCGUGCAAUGGAUCACGAGAAAGCCAAAGAGUCACUUGCUAAAUCCUCCUGGCAUGAGUUGUGA